AUAUCAAUGAUGUUUAUCCAGUAGUGAAUUGCAAUCUUUAUAGUAAACAACUUUGCCUCCAAAAGGAUUCUGUCGAAACAACACCCAAAGUUACAUUACUUCAAAAUGAUCAAAUUGGUAAUCAUCUCCUCUCUGAUUGUGGCUGCUUGCUGUAUGGUCGCUGACAAGGACAAAGCUGGCCAAUUGGAGCUUUCGGAAACUACGUGGAACUCUGCAUGGGCAAACCCGGCCAACCCAACCAAUCCGAAUGCCGCAUGGGGAGGCAACAGCUGGAACAGCCGAUGGAACAGCCCAAAUGCCGAUCCCCGCUGGAACCGAUGGGGAGCUGAACCGUGGAACCGCCAAUGGGGAGGAGCCAACACUGCCGGAUGGAACCAGUGGAACCGUGCCGGAUCUGCGUGGCCAGCUGCUGGGGCCCCUGCCGGUGCUGCUGCUGCUACUCGUGGUGGCUGGAAUACUUGGUAAUAAGGAAUGAGCGUUACCACGCCACAAAUGACAAAAUGAUAUGAUGAUUUACACUCUACCAUUGUACCGGGUUUUUGAGUAUUAAAAAAAAAACAAUUGAAAAUUGA